AUCACAACCUAAAAUCACAAAGCAAACAUGAGACUUCAAUUCAAAUAUAAAACUGGGCAGUUUAUCCCAAACACUCAUCCUUUCCCUACCCCAGAAGAAACAGUGCGAAGCACUUGAAAAAAAAAACCUAUGGCACAUUGCUUUGUUUGGAUAUCAUACAAACCCCAACCAACUUCCAAAAAGAAUCACUUUAUACAAACCCAGAAGUCAUCCUUUCCUCUUCUCCUCCUCAUGCAUACCCAUCAUUCAUUCACAUAUAUAACCUUCCACAUUCAUCAAUUUAAUGUUCACUCACAUUCUAAACUCAACUUUAACAAAAACUAUUAGUAUCAUUCAUCAUGUCAUUGAGUCCUCCUAGAGAAAGAAGCAUGAAUGGCCAAACAAGGACUUACCAACUCUACUGGUGCUUCCGCUGCAACCGCACGGUCCGUCUCGCACGUGACAACCCAACCGGCAUCACGUGCCCGCGCUGCUCCGACCAAUUCCUCACCGAAAUCACCGUCCCAAGGCCCCGCCUCGUCGUCGACUUCACCGCCCACGACCCAUCCCCGGAAGCCCGCUUGCUCGAAGCCCUCUCCCUCAUGCUCGACCCACCCAUCCGCCGCUUCGACGGCACCGCCGCCGACUUCAGAACCCGACGCCCCUCCCGCCGUUUCCCACCGCCCGACGAAACAGAAACCCCCAUCUGGCUCCCUCGCCACCGCCGCCGCAGUUCGGAUCCAACCCGACCCGAUGGUUAUGGAGCCGGGUCCGGACCCAGAUCGACCCAGCCUCGCACAUGGGUCAUUCUUCAACCCUUCGACGCUCCCGGCACGCUGGAGCCGGUUGUCCCGGGCGGCGUGGACACGAGAGACUACUUUGCCGGGCCGGGGCUCAACGAGCUGAUCGAGCAGCUGACGGAGAAUGACCGGCAGGGUCCGGCGCCGGUGCCGGUGCCGGAGAGAGUGAUCGAGGCGGUUCCAAGGGUGAGGAUCGAGAGCGGGCAUUUGAAGGAGAAUCCGCAUUGUCCUGUUUGCCAGGAGGAUUUCGAGGUGGGUGGUGAAGCGAGGGAGCUUCCAUGUAAGCAUGUUUAUCACUCUGAUUGCAUUGUUCCUUGGCUCAGGCUUAACAAUUCUUGCCCCGUUUGCCGCAAUGAGAUACCCGUUUCGUGUUCUGAGGAGGAGGAGGAGGGUGAGGAGGGUGACGGUGGAGGAGGGAGGUUACGACGGUGUUUGCGGUGGACGCGGCUUUCUUCUCUGUGGCCUUUUCAUGGAAGAAGGUAUCAUCAGAGGGUUCAUCCUGCUGCUGCUUCUUCAUCGGGUGAUGCCACUAAUCCAAGGCAGCAGCACUCUUGCUGCAUUCUUUAAGCCAUCCGAUGAUUAACUUCAGCUUGAGGUUCAAGUGCUGCUUAUGAUUGUGAAUUGUGAGACUAUGAUCGCUAUAGACAAGAAAUCGUGGUCAAGAGUAAGUUAAUCUGACAUAAUUAGUAGCCUGCAUUGUUUGUAUGCCUUGCAAACUCCUGUUACAUUGUUUAUAGGAAUGCUUCUGAAUGAAGCUUGUAUAACAGGAAUACAUUUUGCAAGAGAUAACAUGGACUUGCUAUCCAAACCUCAGAAGAAAAGAAAAUGAAAAAGGCCAGAUACUUCAAAGUUGGACAUCAGUGUAACACAGUCAAUUGUGUAAAGUGUGCUUUUUCUAUCGACAGACGAAUUUAUUCUUCACUUAACAUGAAAUUGUAGAUAGUUAAAUACAUAUUUAUUUAGUAUGGAAUUAUGAAUGU